CGAGCCUCCUGUGACCUAGUUCUCCGCUGUCCCUGAGCCCGUACUGGGAAAGCGUAGGUCUCAAUAUUAGCUUCCCUGCCUAACUUCUCUGCCUCCACCUUCACCUCUCUCCCUUCUCAUUUACGCCCGCCCCUCGAUCCCUUGGACCAAACUCCGAGUUUCCAGCACGCCUCCCGACUGUCUAAUAAAGUUGGAGAGGACUUUCUCAAAACUACAAUUCCCGGCAUCCCCUAUGAAAGAGCUCUCGCGAGUUGUAAGGAGACACGUACGCGGAAGGAGCCAGCAGAAGCAGGCGGCAGAGCUGGCGUAAAGGGAGCUAGUGGAUUGUGUUGAUUCCAUAACCCUUGGCUCCGGGAAACUAACGUCUAUUGGACAGACUCAGUUGUGGGGUCUAGAGGGUCAGCAGCCAAGUCCUCGGAAUCCAGAUUUGGCACUAGUCGUCAGUCAGUACCGGCAUUGUUGGAGCUUGUUUAGGUAGCAGUCUCCAUCAUGCUUAAGGCUGUGAUUCUCAUCGGAGGCCCUCAAAAGGGGACUCGCUUCAGGCCUUUGUCUUUUGAGGUGCCCAAACCACUGUUUCCUGUGGCAGGCGUCCCUAUGAUCCAGCACCAUAUAGAGGCCUGUGCCCAGGUCCCUGGGAUGCAGGAGGUUCUGCUCAUUGGCUUCUACCAGCCUGAUGAGGCCCUCACCCAGUUCCUAGAAGCUGCCCAGCAGGAGUUUAACCUUCCAGUCAGGUACCUGCAGGAGUUUGCUCCCCUUGGCACAGGGGGUGGUCUCUACCAUUUUCGGGACCAGAUCCUGGCUGGGGCGCCUGAGGCAUUCUUCGUGCUCAAUGCUGACGUCUGCUCUGACUUCCCCUUGAAUGCUAUGUUGGAUGCUCACAGACGCCAGCGUCACCCUUUCUUACUCCUCGGCACCACAGCUAACAGGACACAAUCCCUCAACUACGGCUGCAUCGUUGAGAAUCCACAGACACAUGAGGUCCUGCACUAUGUGGAGAAACCCAGCACAUUUAUCAGUGACAUCAUCAACUGUGGCAUCUACCUUUUCUCCCCAGAAGCCCUGAAGCCUCUUCGGGAUGUUUUCCAGCGAAAUCAGCAGGAUAGGCAACUAGAGGAAUCUCCAGGCUCAUGGCCUGGGGCAGGGACCAUCCGACUGGAGCAGGAUGUAUUCUCAGCCCUGGCUGGGCAGGGCCAAAUCUAUGUGCACCUCACCGAUGGUAUCUGGAGCCAGAUCAAGUCUGCAGGCUCAGCCCUCUAUGCCUCCCGCCUCUAUCUGGGCCGAUACCAGAUCACUCACCCAGAACGGCUGGCCAAGCACACUCCAGGGGGCCCACGAAUCAGAGGAAACGUUUACAUCCAUCCAACUGCUAAAGUGGCCCCAUCAGCUGUGCUGGGCCCCAAUGUCUCCAUUGGGAAGGGGGUGACUUUGGGCGAGGGUGUGCGUCUGCGAGAGAGCAUUGUCCUCCACGGAGCCACUUUGCAGGAGCACACCUGUGUCCUUCACAGCAUCGUGGGCUGGGGAAGCACUGUGGGGCGCUGGGCCCGUGUAGAGGGGACGCCCAAUGACCCCAAUCCCAAUGACCCCCGAGCUCGCAUGGACAGUGAGAGCCUCUUCAAGGAUGGAAAGCUACUUCCUGCCAUAACUAUCCUGGGCUGCCGUGUCCGGAUCCCUGCUGAGGUGCUCAUCUUAAACUCGAUUGUUCUGCCACACAAGGAGCUGAGUCGAAGCUUCACCAACCAAAUCAUCCUGUGAGGGUGCUACAUAAAGGCCCCCAGGACUCCUGCCCACACUCCUUAGGGCUGCUGCCUGCCUGGCCAUCUCUGUCCAGAAAGGAUCUGAGGAAGCCAAGCCAGGCAGAAUCUUCCCUUUGCAAGGAGCCACCAAAGGGAGCCACCUGUGUGUGGUGUGUGUGUGUGUGUGUGUGUGUGUGUGUGUGUGGCAAGGGACGUCUGGCCUCCCUCUCCACUCCCAAAUAAACCCCUCUGAACCUUGGAGCCA